GACACACCUGUCUGUUUCUACUUGAGCUCGAAAUGAACAAGCAGAACAGGAAAUAUGAAAUAUGAAGACUUUCUAAGGACAGCAAAAAAUGUUUCCUCGUGUUAUAACCAGCUGCUUUUUAAUCACCACCAUCCUUCAAACCGGUCAGUUUGCUCUAAUAGAAACAAAGGAGACUGUUUGGGCAGCAGUGGGAGACCAGGCCUCUCUGAGCUGUCGGCUCACUGAGGAUAAAGAUGUCCUCCAGAUCACCUGGCAGAAAGUUCUUCCUAUUGGAGAGAAGAACCUCGCCACUUACACCAAGAAGUUUGGCUCCAGAGUGAGUUCUGAUCUGGAGGAGAAGAUGGAUUUUCAGUAUGAAUCUCUGCAGAGCUGCUCCAUGGUGAUCAGGAAGGUGACGGAGCAGGAUGAAGGCUGCUACCGAUGUUUGUUUAACACCUAUCCUAAAGGAGCGGUGAUAGGCUGGACCUGCUUAAAACUCUGUGAGCUGCAUGGACCCUUCAUUGACGUCAGCAGAUCAAACUCACCUCCAGGGUCGGUUGUGACCUGUUCAGCCACAGGUCGACCUGUUCCCAUGGUAACACUGACUGUUCUCCAUCAGAACCUCAGCUUCUCCCACUACAACACCAGCAGAGUGAGCAGCACCAACGGUACCGUCACCUUCACCACUACAGCCCUGCUGUCAGCUCUCAAUACCACACAGGUUGGAUGUUCAGUAUCAGUGCAAACUGCUGCUCUCAGAGAGCUGCUGGUCACCGUUCCUGGACUCACAGAGACGUCUGGAGAUGCAGGUUUGGAUGUAGAACCUGGUUCAAGUUCCAUUAUUGUUGGAUUGUCUGUGGCGGCUGUGUUGUUGUUUGUGGUCUGUGUUUCUGCUUUCAUCUCUGUGCUGCUCAGAAAACGGGCAGAGAAAAGGGAGAAAGAAAAUGCAUUGGACAAUUUGGCAAAAGACUUGUUUAGCAGCUGCAAGGAUACAGAAGAGAUGAAGGAUGCUACAGGACAGACAAGGACCAACAUCAGGGAAAGUGAAGAUGCAUCAGAUAUGGACUCUCUUGUUGUGGAACCUCCUGUGAUUCCCGUGAAAGUGACAGAGAUUGUAUGUCCUCUACCACGUCCAACACGCCGCUCCAACAAAGACCAGAAGUCAUCAGAAGAACCAAGAGAAAAAUCUGACUUUGAAAAUGUUAACCAUAAAAAAACUAACUGAGCCACUAGUUAGUGGUGGAAGAGAUGAAACAGCCACACCUGAGGUCAAAGGCUGUGGGAAAAGAACUUAUUGUGACGUUUGGCUCCUUGUUAAGAUGUUUCCAGGACGUCCUGGAGGGACGACGUUUCUCUGACGGUCUGAGAAUUUGGGAUUUCUCAAAAGGAGCGAUGUGUUAGAAUUAUAAAUAAUAUCUUUAUCAUUUAUCCCAUAUAUAUAUAUAUAUGCUCAUCAUUAUUUAAAAAGACUGUGGCAUUCUUUCUGUGUUUCUCUGGAACUUGAGUUGUGUGACAAAUGUCUGCAGGAAGCUGAUAAGCGUGCAAAAUUGGAAGCAAAUACCAGCCACUCUAGGGCCAAAACUGAGAGCUGGCCUGAUAGGAAAAACACCCAAAGGCUAAAUGUCAAAGCUUGUGAUCCAGAGACACGGAACUGUGUUUGAGACCUCACGUGCACAAAGACAGGAGAUGUGGAUAUGAAACAAACAUGGUAACGUACAAAAUAGUGCAAGGCAGAAAUCAACACCUGGGACAAAAACACAUUAAAGAAAGUGCCAACAAUAACUGGUCACCGUAUUACAAUAUAACAUUUUAUGUAUGUCAUGAUGUUCUCUUUAAAAUUUCAUAAUGUACUCAGUUUUUCUACUUUCUAAUAUUUCUAGAACUUCAGGGUUUGCUGUCAUUGUUUUCUACCAAACUGAAAAUGAUUGAAAGAUCAGCCAAAGUCUAAAAAAACCCUCUAAAAUAUAUUCUGAAAAACGGGCAAGCUGUAAAAGACAAAAUUGAAAGUUUGCAAUAAAGUCAGACUCACUGGUACAAAACUUGAAUCCAUAAAAGUUCAUUUCAACACUGUGAGCUUUUGUCUUAAAAAUAAAUCGUUGGAUGUUAAAGUUUUGAAGCCACAGAGUGAUGAAGGAGACUGAACCUUGUGAACGACACGGUUGGUUGAAACAUUUUAAUACACUUUUCAUUUCUCCCAUUCAUUUAACCGGGUCAAAAGUACAGUUUUGUUAUUAGUGGACAGGAAUCUGGUUCUCAUGUUGUAACUUUCACUCAGAUGUAUUUGUGUGUUAAAGAGCUAAAAGCAAUUCUAGACAAGUUCUCAAAUACAGAACAGGGAAAGAAAAUGUGCUUUUGAAGCUCAUCACUUACAUCUUUUUGUUCGCAGAGAGCAUUUUCAGUGUUAAGACGCAUUCGGUUUGAAAGAGAUGCUUUGAUGCGACUGAAAAACUGAACAAAUGGUUUCCUAGAUGUAUUUUCAGUUAUUAAAAUAAAGAGUCCAAAUAUG